CGGCCCGGAGCACCCUAAGCCCCUGGGCCUCCCACUGGAGGCAGGCUGGGGAGACACUGAGGAGGGGGUAGGAGGGCGGCUCCUCUAGGAGCCAGCACGGGGGUGCCAGGUGGCAGGAUGCUUGGGGAGGCCAGGGCCAGCUGGGGCCGCGCUGCUUGCAUUGGAGCACCUGCGCCCAUGCCUGGUCCUUCCUCCCUCUCUGGAGUUUGAGCUCCUCCUUGCCACACCCCGCCCCCCAACCUAGCUCCUUCUGCUGAAUGUCCCUGUCCUCCCUGGGGUCUUCCUGGUUCCCCUCCACAGUCCCCAUCCUCUGGACUGGAAACUCCGGGCUCCUGCAGGGCCCUGCCCCAGGAGAGGGGAGUGUGACGCAGGGCGAGGCGGCUCCCUGCCUCGUAAACCACCCUGGCCGCCCCGACACUACCCGGGCUGGGCUGCCGUCUGCAGAGAGGGGCCUGGGACUGGCUGUGCCGGCAGGUUCUGGAAUGAGUUUCUGUCUCCCCGGCGAGCUUGCCCUCUGUCGCCGCAGGGGCAGGUGGCGGUGGGCUCCCCAGCCUGGGUAGCCCGGCCAGCCUCCAAUGGGCAAAGGGAUCCCUUCCCCAUAAUGCUCAGCAGUUUAGUGGUGGAGUCCUGGCUGCCUCAUUUCCUGGCUGUGUGACCUUAGGAAGUCCCACCAGGAAUGCACGGGGAAGACAGGGACACGGGGCCGGCCCCGACAAGCCCGGCGCCACAAGACGUGCCCCAGCGCCCGGGAAAUCAGCAAGGUCAUGGCCUCCAUGAGUCUGGGCGUGCUGAGCGAGGGCGGCUGCAGUGAGGAGGAGAUGCUGGAGAAAUGCAUCCAGGCCUUCGACUCUGCUGGCAGCCUCCGCCACGGGGACCACAUACUCAACAUGGUGCUGGCCAUGCACAGCUGGGUACUGCCUUCUGCCCACCUUGCUGCCCGUCUGCUGACCUUGUACCAGAAGGCUGCAGAGGGCACACAGGAGCUGAGGCGGCUGCAGAUCUGUCACCUGGUCAGGUACUGGCUGACUCAACACCCGGAGGCGGUGCACCAGGAGCCCCAGCUGGAAGAAGUCAUAGGUCGUUUCUGGGCCACUGUGGCCCAGGAGGGCAACUUGGCCCAGAGGAGCCUGGGAGAUUCUUCCAACCACCUGAGCCCUGGUGGCCCCGGGCCCCCGGCCCCCAUGAGCAGCCCGAGCCUGGGCAAAAAGCGCAAGGUGUCCCUGCUUUUCGACCACUUGGAGGCGGGGGAGCUGGCCCAGCACCUCACUUACCUGGAGUUCCGGUCCUUCCAGGCCAUCACGCCGCAGGACCUGCGGAGCUACGUGUUGCAGGGCUCGGUGCGGGGCUGCCCGGCCCUGGAGGGUUCCGUGGGCCUCAGCAACAGCGUGUCCCGCUGGGUGCAGGUCAUGGUGCUCAGCCGUCCCGGACCCGCACAGCGCGCGCAGGUGCUGGACAAGUUCAUUCAGGUGGCGCAGAGUCUCCACCAGCUGCAGAAUUUCAACACCCUGAUGGCGGUCACCGGGGGCCUGUGUCAUAGUGCCAUCUCCAGGCUCAAGGACUCCCACACCCUCCUGAGCCCUGACAGCACCAAGGCCCUGCUGGAACUGACUGAGCUCCUCGCCUCCCACAACAACUACGCCCGCUACCGCCGCACCUGGGCCGGCUGCACGGGCUUCCGGCUGCCGGUGCUGGGAGUGCACCUCAAGGACCUGGUGUCCCUGCACGAGGCACAGCCCGACAGGUUGCCUGAUGGCCGCCUGCACCUGCCCAAGCUGAACAGCCUCUACCUGCGGCUGCAGGAGCUGGCGGCGCUGCAGGGCCAGCAGCCGCCCUGCAGUGCCAACGAGGACCUGCUGCAUCUGCUCACGCUUUCCCUGGAUCUCUUCUACACGGAGGACGAGAUCUACGAGCUUUCUUACGCCCGGGAGCCCCGCUGUCCCAAGAGUCUGCCGCCCUCCCCCUUCAAGGCACCACUGGUGGUAGAGUGGGCCCCUGGUGUGACGCCCAGGCCGGACAGGGUCACCCUCGGUCGGCACGUGGAGCAGCUGGUGGAGUCCGUAUUCAAGAAUUAUGACCCUGAAGGCCGAGGAACCAUCUCCCAGGAGGACUUCGAGCGGCUCUCGGGCAACUUCCCCUUUGCCUGCCAUGGGCUUCACCCACCUCCCCGCCAGGGGAGAGGCUCCUUCAGCAGAGAGGAGCUGACGGGGUACCUGCUCCGCGCCAGCGCCAUCUGCUCCAAGCUGGGCCUGGCCUUCCUGCACACCUUCCACGAGGUCACCCUCCGCAAGCCCACCUUCUGUGACAGCUGCAGUGGCUUCCUCUGGGGUGUCACCAAGCAAGGCUACCGCUGUCGGGACUGUGGGCUGUGUUGCCACAAACACUGCAGAGACCAAGUGAAGGUGGAGUGUAAGAGGAGGCCGGGGGUCAAGAACGAUGUGGGCCCCCCAGGAGCCCCGGUCCCGCCCACACCAAGCCCCUCUGCCAGCUGUGGCUCCGAGGAAAAUCUCUCCGACACACUAUCCCUGGAACCUGAGACUAGGUGCCACCUUCGCCAUGCUUGGACCCAGACAGAGGCCACACACCCUUCCUGGGAACCAGAGAUGGUGAGAAGGAACUGCUCCCUACCCAGCUGCAUACAGGGGAGACGGGUCACUUUGCCUGGGGAAACCAGACAGAACAAUAGAAAAGUAAAAAUAUGCAUAAGUCUUCUAUUGCUAGGGCAGGAGGGUAUAGGUACUAGUUCAUUUGUAAUGUUGAUGGAAAAAUACAGAUUUUAAUGUGUUGGGGGAAUAAAGGAGGUUAACCACCAGUAGAAUGGAAAAAAGGAUUUAGGGAGAAAAAAAAAAACCAGUAAGAUGGCAACAAUAAGGCCAAAUAGAUCAGAAACUACAAUAAAUGUCAGUGGCAUAAAUUCUGCUAUUCAAGGGCAGAGACUCUCAGGUUAGAUUAAAAACUGAGUCCAAGGGGACAUUCAUUCAUCCAUUUACCACAGUCUGGGUGAGGCAAUGCUCCUGGUGGUGAAAUGUCUUCUAGGUAUCUUAUGUUCCCCGAAUCACCCGAGGUCUUCCUCCUUCCAGGUCCCCUGCCCAGCGAUGGCCCCGUCACCCACCUCGCCCUCCAAGCUGGAUUCUUAGACAUCAC